CCAACGAAUUCGACGUGCAUAGACUACGCGUAUCCAAGGUGAUUGCUGGUCGGCGGAUAAAUAACAUUAUCCGUUAGCGCAUAAAUAACCUUUCAUUAAGUACUCGUCGAAGCUGCGUCGAACCAAGAGGUUUCCUCGCGAGUCCUUCCGUCACACGCUGCAAAUUAUCCGGCUGGAUCGUUGUCUCUUUAUUUCUUCAUCGAAUUAUCCACAGGUAUCGGCGCAAGUAAAUUUUUCAUUCAGCCUGGCGACAAGCUAAAUACGUACGUACCACUCGGGGAUCGAUAAGGUAAUCACCGAAGAAAUAUCGGAGAAUCGAUUCGUCUUUGAAUUUACGAGGUUCUUGGCGGCGCACGCGUGUGGUCUACGAUCGAAGGAGGGAAGCAAGUUGGACGAAAGUGUAAAUUUCUGUGAAAAAAGCCGCUCAUUGAUGAAUAGUUUAUCGCGUCCCAGAUAGUCCCAGAGAGUCCCAGAGAGAGAGAGAGAGAGAGAGAAAGAGUGAGGAUCGUUCCAAGUUCGUGGUCCUCUGACCAACCCCACCAUAACGAUUCGCUGCACGAGGUAUCCCCUUCCACCGACAGGACACAAUGGGCCCUACCUAAAUAUCGGGGGAUCAUGCUAAACGGCGGUAGAUCAAAGGGACCGACAGAAUCCAGUGGCGAGCUAUCAUAAUAAUUAGGCUCGCUCGCGCCUCUUUGUAUCGGGAUAGAAAAGCCGACGGGAAGGCCGGAGAGACGAGAAGAAAAAGGACCGGACGGACCGUUGCUCUGGUUCGGUAUGCCUUUGCUGCUCCAACUGCACUGCGCUGUCUCUUCUCCGUGCCUCUUAGUCCUUCCCGCCUUGGUCUUUGCCAAAUCGUGAGCCUCCUAGGAGGCUCACGAUUCCCAGUUACGCGUGAUCGUUGUCGCGAUUUCCACUCGUCCGCCACGCUCGAAACAACGAGUAUAUCUCUUACGUAAGUGCAAAGGAAAUAUCGUAGUAUCGGUUUGUAUUUUGUUACGGGAAUUACGUAAACGUAAGGCUUAUAUCACGGUUUUGAGAAGCUAUGCAACGAAAAGACGGGGGUCGAUUUCGUUCGAUUGGGUUGUGAGUUAGUUUAUCUUUGAGAAUGACGAGGCGCGUGAACCGUACAGCGGGGUAGAAGCUUGCGGACAUUGUUCGCGCGAGCUUCUGCCGACGUACGACGUAGUAGCAGUUUGUAUACGAUAUUCGCGGUCAAGGUAUGCGGACAAUCUCUGCAAAUGACUUUUAAAACGCGUGGAUCUAACCAAAUUUUGCGCUCGAAUUCCGUUCCAAAAGAUUUCUUGUCCAUCCGAAUGGAAAUUAAUUUACAAAGAUCGAGGCGUUCUCUGUGCAACUCCAAAGUCACGCAACUGUUCCUAAGACAGAGACGAAAUGAGAAAGAGAGGCAGAGAGAGGAGGAGAGAGACGAAAAGGUCCUCUCUAGCGAACUGUGAAGCGGUCAAGGGGGCAAAAUUCGAUCUUCUCUGGCAAGAGGCUCGAUGGAUAUUUUCGUGUCGUGUCGGCUGCUAGUUGUCGACCAGAUUGCUACAAUUACAUGGCGAGUGAAUCGAUUCUCAGCACCGAUCGCGGAUAAUAGUCUGUAUGUAAUAGUCGCGAGAUACCUUUCUAGACUCGUUCCGGACGAGCGCGGCUCGAAACGACGUUAUUCGGUCGACGAUUCCUUCCACUCCUCUCCUUCCCCUCCCCCCGCCACUGCCUGUUUCGACCGACCCUACACGACGAACGUUCCCAACGAUUCCGGAAACAUGUUCGCCAUCGAGCUCCGCGGGUGACUUCCGCUUGUCCCGACCGAUCAUCGUCAAUGGCUGCUGAAACCUCGAUUUGGCUAGACAACGCUACGGAGGAACAAACAUCCAUAAAAGCAGUAAAUACGAGCUGCGAUCGUAUCGAGGUUCGUCAAGGUCGGCCAUCGUAGAAACGAAUUUCUUCCUCGACGAUCCCGAUUUCUUGCUUCUGUUUUCUUACCAGAGAAAAUGUACGCGCGUGUACGUAGAUUUUGUUAUCGAUGGAUCGAAUGGAACGGGAUUGCGCUGCCAUUACCGUGAUCGACUGUGACAAGCACUUUGUACCGAAGUUGGAGUAAUAGCGAUAAAGCGAUAUGUAUGUGGUAAUAAAGGACGUUUCGCAUCGUGGCAACAGUGUCCGUUCACGCGUCGAUGAACGAAGCAACAUCGGAGAAACUCGGAUAAGAAUCGGACCAUGCACGGACGAUGCGACGUAUAAAGGAAGGAAGGAGGGAAAAAAGGAAGAAAAGAAGAGAGAAUGGAAGAGGAUCGCCAGCGAGAGAACGUGGACGAGCGCGAGUUUGGAAAUCGCGCUAUUUGGCAAGCGGUGGUCCGCGAAGUGGCGGCCGAGCGGAACUUGGAUAUCGGCAGUCCGGGUGGGAUGAAAUCACGGUGGGCCUCGUUAGGCGAGCUUUUCGUCGUGGAGGGUCAAUCCCACGUUCGCAGCCAACUUGGACGAAGGAAGACAGAGACAAAGAGGAGAAAGAAGAGAGAAGAGAGAGCCGGAAAGAAAGAAAGAGCGCCACGUACUGCGUGUCGUAGGGGAAGGAGGACGAGCCGAGGGAGGGACGAAGUGGCGAAAGAGGAAGAGAAAGAAAGAAGGAAGGAAGGACGAGAAAGGGCCGGGGUACGUUAAGGCUGGUGGAGCAGCGCCACAGGACGUUAAGUACGUCUCGUAAAAAUUCCAUCGAGGCAGCGUCAUUUUGCCGUGUCUAAGGGGAUACGGUUAGGCCUGACCGGGGGUUUGGAUAGGCAGGACUAACCCUGAGGCCGCCCAUGCAAGACCGACUAGGAACGUCCCAUCGGCAGAGGUGGUGCACGAACCGACCAGACGUAGUAGGGGAUUCGAACGAUCGUGCUCCCUCCUCCGGUCGUGUUCGAGGCGGUCGAGAGCCAAGUGCCUGCCCCUGCAGGAACACCGGCCCGAGAUACCCGUCCCCGUACCAUUUCGAGUCACUGGCUUGGCCUGGCCUGAUAGCGAGCCACGAAAUCCCGUAGCUCGUUUACCAUCCACGUAUUGACGUUUCGUCCGCGUCUACGGAACCGACGUUCGAUAUGCUCGCGUCUAACCACGGGAUCACCGGACUACUCGGAUCGUUGUGUGCUACGAGGCCGUGAUAGUGUCGCGACCGAGACGUCCGACAGCGUUACGCGCGUGUGAAAUUCCGUUUCUAGCGUCAGGCAACGCUACGCGGUUUGUUUCGCAGCAGCGGACUCGUUUUGGAGUGGACUCGUUUUGGAGCGAACGACGGCAAAGUGCGAGCCGUGGACCGAACAAGACGAUCGAAAGACACGAUGCUCGACUGCGAAGACGGUGGUGCCUGAGUGCCUCGGGAUCGGACGAACCUUCGUACGUAUCAUUGGAUCGUUCGGUUUUCUCGUUCGUGUCCUACUAAUCGUGCGAGAAUCGAUUGGAAAGGAAGAUCGUUUCGAGGAGGAUCCAAGGAUGACAGGUACGCAACGACGGACGGUACGGUGGGAGUCGUAGGAGGUUGCCGUGAUGUAAGAGGGACCGUUGAAACGAUGACUGAGGACGAUCAGCGGGAAUUACAAUGACGGUGCAUCGUUGAAAGCAGAAAUUGCGUCGGAAAGUGGAGCGGCGGUCGCGUUGCCUCGUACGAAAAGCACACGAUGACUCGUUGGAUCGGAGAGGACCAGCAGCCGGUCUGAACGAGACUCUCGACGACUUGGUCGGAGAAUCUAGCGCGAAAAUGCGGCCAAGUGCUCGACGAAAUUUCAGUGUCGAUGGAUUUUGAGAAACUCGCGAAUGUUGUCGUUUCGCGUAUGGGUGUAGCGUGUGAACCGUUGACCGUCGAUUGAAUCGAUCCCGCGAUCGUUCGUCUCGUCGGCUCCUUACGUCGUUCCGAAGAAUCGGCUGCACGUCGCAGGGAUCCGACGAUCGUCCGUCAGGGAUGUGCACCACGGAAAUGACAGAAUCGUACACGAUGUCGCCGUCGACGACGGUGUCUUCCAGCGCCACGACGCCGGGCUGCCUAGGAUCGCCGGCUCACCGACGGACACCUUGCCGAGCUUCUCCCGGCCGAGGCGACGUUCAGGACGACGAGGACGAGAUCUCGGUGGGUUGCCCGAGCCCUUUGCCUCUGGUCGUCGUCGCUCCCAGCGCGGACGAGGACGAGAGGUUGUCACAAACGAGGGAGGAGUACGCGGAGAGACUGAGCCCGCGAAGCAGUUACCCGAGAGAUUCCGUGAUCGACGACGAGGACAGUUAUUCUCGCGGUGGCGAUUACAGAAUGUCAAACGGAAGAGGCCUGCGCACCCACGAGAGCAGCGGCGGCGACUCCGUGACUACGUUGAGAGACGAGGAAGAGGACGACGAGGACGACGAGGAAGCGAAUAGCAGGACCAGCAGUAACGGUGCCUCGGCGGCCGGUGCUGCGGACGAUUACUUCAAACCCUUGAAACGGCUAAAAAUGGUGCAGAUGCAGCACUCGGACGAGGAAGACGACAGGGAUCGAGACACGAACGAACGAGGUGUAAAAUCUUUCAGCAUCCUGGACAUUUUGUCGCAUCGGCCAAAGGCGAAAAUCGUACGUCCGUGGGACACGGUCGAGUCGAAUCUCAACCACCACCAUCACCACCGUCAUCAUCUCCAGCAGCAGCAGCAGCAACAGCAGCAGCAGCAGCAGCAGCAGCAGCAACCUCAUCAUCAGCACCAUCUGCAUCAUCAUCACAACCAUUCCACGACGCCGAGGGAUCUUUCCUUGAUGGGUAUGUCGCUGGCGUCUAUGUCGGGCUCCAUCAGCGAACCACCUCUUAGCAGCUCGUCCUCGUCCGGAAGGAGCUCCGUCUCCGAUUCCGGAAGUCCCGAUCCACUGGGUCAUCAUCAUCACCAUAGUUUGCACCACGGUAUACAUCCUGGACUGCAUCAUCCGGUGUUGCAGCAGCAACAACAGCAGCAACAGUUCAAGAGGAAAACGUCUCAGCAGCACGGCUCUCAGAGCGGGCAUCACGGGAAAAGGACAACGGGACAGGGAAGUCCUCUGGACGCGUUGUUCCAAAUGACCAGCAAAACGUUCGACGCCGGCGAGCAUAGUCAAGAGCAAGCGAACCACCUAAACCUGUUCAACAACCGGCAGCAGCCGAAGAAGAAGCGCAAGAGUCGAACGGCGUUCACCAAUCAGCAGAUCUUCGAGUUGGAGAAACGAUUCCUGUACCAGAAGUACUUGAGCCCGGCCGACAGAGACGAGAUCGCCACGCAGUUGGGUUUGAGCAACGCUCAGGUAAUCACGUGGUUCCAGAACAGACGAGCGAAGUUGAAGAGGGACAUGGAGGAACUGAAGAAGGACGUGCAGACGGUGAACCCGCUGCUGGUCGCGCAACAUCACAAGACAUUCUUGGAGAACGUCCAGGAUCUUGGGAUCUUGAAGAAACGGCCUCUGCCGAGCAGUAUGGACGAGAAGUCGUAGGGAACGAGACGCCUCGAUGCUCGUCGUUGAGGAAAAACCGCGAUUUCUUGCAACUAGAGGCUCGCGAAGGCAGCCGUCUGCCGAGAGUGAUCAGGGAGGAUAAUCGAUCGAUCGAUCGUUGAAAACGUUCCCUGUGUUUCCCUAACGCGACCUGUGGGUGGCUAGGCGAACGUCGAGUCGGAUCUUCAUUUUCUACGUGCACCGACUCGAUAGGGUUACGAGUAGGAGGACCUUCGCAGUUUAGUAUCUACUUGGUGCGAGAGAGCACGAGGAAAAUACGGGGUCGAUCGAGAUUAUCGUAUAGAUCGACCGUGAUCGUCGCGACAUCGUGUCUUUCGGGUGUAUCGUAAUCGAUGCGUAGGGACGGAAGGAUAAGGCAUAGUACAAAGAAAGCGUCUUCUUCGGCAACGUAUCGCGAAGAACGGACGCGAAGACGAAGCCGUUUUGGCGAGAUUGUAUAGGGUCGGAAGAAAUGGGAUUUGUUCGCGGAGAUAAGGUCGUCCGCGACGUUUCUUCGUCGAGAAGAUGUACAAAGACUGAAUAGAGUCUGCAAAAGUCUGCAACGGUCUAAUAGGGCGGAUAAUAGGCGUCGUUGGUGACCCGGUCCACAACGAUCGUGUCGACGUGUCAAGAUGGGGACGCCGAAUGGAUGAUCCUUUCGGAGGUAGCGAUUUAUCGAUCGCUGUAAAAUGUUUUGUAAAUUAAAGACUGCCAAAUAUUCGAAGCUAAGCCCCGUCGAGAACCCGUCGAUGAAACCGGACGAUGUUUUUCGUGUUACAGUCGCGAUCGGAUCACCCUAUUUCAUCGGGUGUUUUACGUGGAUACUUAUGGCAAAGCGUUAGAAGGGAAGCGCGUAAACAAAGUGUAAUCCACGUUAUAUGAAAGAGAGAAAAGUACGUAACGUCCUGUACGAAACGUCGAACGUGUGUCACGUUUCCUUUAGCGAAUAUCUAGGACGAACUGCUGCGACCGUUCUGCGGACACCUGUACCAUAUUGUAUUUAUUUGCGGAAAAGCGAAAGAAGAUAAUCGUGGUGAAUAAAAAAAAAAAAAGCCAAAAGUAAUCCAGAGGAAGCAUCGACGAUUUACGUAAGUUAUUAAGUAAUUAUUAUAGCGUAUAAAUUAUAAAAGAGAGCCGUUCAGUCGUGAAGUGCUCGUCGUUGUACAUAAGCUAUAUAUAUAUAUUAUAUAUACAUCGUUCAUCCCUCUCCCCGCCCUCCACCUCCGUUAAUAUUACGCAUAAACGAGAUAGAUUUGUCGAGCAUGAUUAGAAUAAACGGAAAGGGAGACAACAGGACAAACAAAUAUAAAUAAAUAGAUAAAUAAAUAAAUGGAAAGAGAUUUAUAAACGAUAGAUGGGAUACUGCAAUAUACCUGGUCAACAGUUUAAUUAGUGAGCUUUAUGAUCGCGUAAGAUGUAAAUCCGUAUCGCGCUUGUUGGUCUGCGAGGUGAUAGACGCGUGAAAGGGAAGCAGAGAGUGCGUGUGUGUGAACGGAAUCUUAGUAGCGUGUAUAGUGAGUCGAAAUAA